AUGUUCCAUUUCAUCUCCUCUAAUUGCCCUCUAACUCUUUUUCCACUUUCUUCUAUCACCUCUUUUGACCUCCCUUCUCGGCCUCCUUCGUCGGCCUCCAUCGACUGGUUGAUCCAGGUUAAGCAUGGGAAUGGUGGUCAAGGUCUUGAAAAGUUGGCUGAAGCUUUGAAAAAGUUGAUUAAUGAGGCUAUUACUAAGGCUACAACUUCCCUUCAACACAAAUCCGACAAGCUCUCUUGCUCCCAAAAUCCACAUGAUCCCAACUCCUACUGUAGUCAGCUUGAUGAGCAGAUUAAGUCCAAAAAUGAAGAACUUAAUGAAGCUAAAAACUCUAAUAAAACUUCUGAAAUAUCCUCCUUAGAAUCUAAAAUUAAGCAAUUACAGUCCAACAAAGAUGACUGCACUAAGUCCCAUUUCAUGGACCAGCAGCGUGCGUCCUCCCUUGAGGAGGAAGUGCAUCACGGCAUUGAUGUUAUUGUGAAGCUUACACAGUUUAGUGGCUCUGAAAAGAGCAUUGAAACACUAAUUGAUAAUGAAAUUAAGAGGCUUGAAAAGCUUUUUGUUGGCCUCUUUAAUACUGUAUGUGGGCCGUCUGUCAAUUGUAAGGACCAUAAGGACAAAAUGCUGUCAAUUAAAAACAAAAUUAACAACCCUGAUACAUUCACAGAAGAAGAAUUUAAAGCUCUAACAGAGCAUCUAGAGGGCAUUAAAAACUCUAAAACAAAUUGUAUGUCACAUCACUCUAAUGACCCCGCUAAACUUGAGGAGUUGAAGAGACUGUCGUCUACGUUGGCUGACCUUAAAAAUAAGAAAGCAUCUGUUGAAAGUAAUAAAACUGGAAGCUGUAAAGAUCUUUUAAAUAACCUGUGCUCUGGCUUGGAGAAGUUCCUUGGUUACCAAGAAACUUCCAAAGGCUACUCGGGCUCCGGCAUCGUGUACUCGGACCUCGACAGACUCUGCGACGGGGUGAUGGCGUUUCUCCUCCAAUGUCUGCGGGGGAGUGAAAAUCUUCUAAGUCAUUAUUACCCUUCAAUUACAAGUACAAUUAGUGACUUGGAAAAUAAAAUAGGUAAGGGCUCGGGUGUUCCAGAAUUUGCGCAGGCCAUUGGGAUUGUGCGGGAUGGGCUGCAGGGGUAUGAGAGUGUUUUAUCUACAAAAACGGAAGACGUCAAGACACAAUUAACUUCACUCAUAGCCACAAUUAGCGAACUAAAUAAUGAAUUUAAUAAUAUGCAUACUAUGUCACUUAGUGAUCAGUUGAAAACUGUGGUGGCCGGGGCCGCUGAGUGUUCGCUGAAGGCCAUAGGUAUCGAGCUGGCGAAUUCAGACCUAGACGAAGGUCUCAGAAUUAAAUUAACACCUGCUGUGCAGUCGGUGAAACAAGCGGUUAGAACUCUUAAAAAUGCUGCUAACGAUAAAGAUGUUACGACACAGGCUGAAAUUGUUGAUGCCACGUUAGAUCAGAAGAACAGGGAAAUUGUUGCAGCUGUUGAAUAUCGGUCUCAAAAGCUCCGGCAAACCUUGGAUAACUAUUUAGAUGGAAUUCAGCGUAGCCUAGAAAGGCUGUCCCAAACUAAGGAUGCACAGUUCCUAUUAGUGCAUGGGAGUGUUGAAGAAGCAAAAACGUUUGUUCAGGAUAUACUUAAUGAGUAUGAAGACAAUUACAGAUCGUCAAUUAUAGGAUCGUUUGAAGACAUAAAAGAGAAACUGAAGGAAUUAAAAAAGGAGCCUGCCGCUAACAACAAAUCGCAACUGCGGAGGGAUGUUGAACAAAUCCGCUGGGAGCUUCAGACAGUUGGUGCGCACGUCGGCCAACAAAUCGGUACGUUGGAUGAUUGGAAAACAAAGGCGCAGUUGGUCGUAAGUGCGGCGGUAUUCAAGUGUAAUGGUAUAAUCGCUGCGCUUAAGCCGGAUGCGGAGCCGACGUUUAAUGUGAGGUUUCCGGAAAUUCAGAGGAAGGCAAAAGAACUCAAUGACGCUUAUAAGGCUGCGACGAUAAAGAUUUCAGAUUUAGUCGAUAAGGCCAGCACGGCGCAUUUAAAGUUGCAGAAAAUUAAAGAGGAUGUCCAGGUGCCCCAAGCCAUGACUAGUUACACGGGCGGCGAUUGGGAUAUUAAUAAUAGCAUUUCCCCACUUACAAGUAAAAUUAGCAGCAACGUUAAGAAUUAUGUGAAGGAGCUGACGCAGUCAUUGGAGAAGGCAGCUGGUCAAGCUACGUGGUCUGGUAAUACAAGGCCGGGCGUUUCCAACUUAGUUGGAGCUUUGCAGAGUGGUAGGUUGGGAAAUGAGUUGAGGGAAUUAGGAGAGUUGUUUCAUCAGGCCAAUUUAAAAGCUCAUAAUAAUCUAACUGAUGCUUUUUAUCAUUUAGAAAUUACGCUGAACCACUUUAAACAGAGCAUGGAUAAUUGGGCUGCAAUCAAAUUCUCGUCAAAACCAGACCCCCUAAAAUCGCUUCAAGAUGUAUUCGGAAAACAGGCCAUCGGUGACGUAGUUGACAAUGAAGUUAAGAAUCUUAUCAUAGCUGCCGCUCAAAAAGGUGUAGAUAAGCUUCAGGAUGAGAUCAAACUUGAUUCCCAAAUUACACCAUUAGGAGGCUUUACAAAGGGGGUCACAGAAGCUGUAUCUACGAUAGAUAAUAAUAACGGAGACAUCGAAGUAGCCAUCCAACAAGUAAAAACCCAACUAGGCACCGUAUCAAAAAUGGUUGAAAAAAGUGACAACAAAGAUAGCGUCAGGGAUUAUCUGAGUGCAUUAAAUGAUAUGCUGAGUGACGGCACUAAAGUUGCCCUCGAAUUAAAGGAGUUAAAAGGCAAGGCUGUCAAAGGCAUUGAGAAAAUCAGAUACGAACUCAACGACCUGAAAAUCAGUGAGCUUGCUGAACACCCCGGUAAAAUCCACAAGGCCAUCCAUAAGGUUAUUGAGGCAGUUGAUGAGUUGGAACUUGUGCCGGCUGCUGUUGAUACUGCGCAGAAAGAGUCAGAAAAACUGAUGUCUCGAUUAUACGACAAUAUCGUUGCCAUUCAAACCCAAAUUGAGAAAAUUGGUCCCAUUGUCAACAAGGCUGAACUAACCCUGAAUCAAGCCACCGAAGAUGUCGUCAUCGCCUUCAAAGCUGCGCAACAACAAGCCCAAAAGGCCGUACAAACGCUGAGAACUACUCUCACAAAGAAAGUCCAACAAGCCUUCUCCACCCUCACCCACCAAGUCCACUCCCUCUUCGCGAAGCAGAAGCAGGCCGAGCUCACGCAGCUGCAGAGCGUCGUCACGGCGCAGUUGGCGGAGAUCCAAAGGGUUAUUGAGAAGGAUAAGGCGACGGGGGUGAAGGGAUUCUUGGGGGAAUUGAAGAGUGGAAUUACUACGCAUUUGAAGACUUCGCAGGCACCCCUGGUAAAAGGCAUUCCAUUAAAACAACUAGCCAUUAAAACUGUUGGUUAUUUAGAUGCGCUUUUUGAAUAUGUGGACGGUGAAUUAAGACCAAGGAGGUCUCCGUCUCAGCCCGCAGAUUCUCAUGCUACUAAACUUAGCGAAAUUCAGAGCCAUCUUAGCAAAUUGCUAGACCAUUUAAUAAAUGGUAACAACAAAUCAUAUAACUUUGAUCACACCUUUAGACAGAGAUUAGCAUCACUUACACAGUCUGUUAAGGAACUAAGCUCGGAGAAAUUCGGCGAUGGUAAGCAUCCCGAGUUGCUUAACCUACUCAAAGGUGGCACUACAGAUUUUUGUAAGGAGUUCGAGUAUGCAUAUAUCAAUGCGUACGAAGGACAUCCAGAUACAUAUUUCGAAUGGACGCGGAAAAUAAACAAUAAACAUGUGUUGACUGAGGACGCUGUAGUCGGCGCGAAGAUCUGUGUUUCAAUAUUGACAAUUAUUCAUGAUGAUCUUAGCCGGUUGAAAAAUUAUUUUAUAUCAAGCAAAUCUAUAGAUAAAAUCAAUCUAGAUACCUUGCUAGGUAAAUAUCUGCACAAAUGUGGAUAUCGCGUUCCUGAUGUGAACAAACAAAAUAACGAAAUACAGAAUCAAAUCAAAAUGCAGGGUCAGCAUAUUUAUAAAUGUAUUACCGAUUCCACUGAUUUUCGUAGUCUCUUCAACACCGAUAAGGACUAUAAACAUUCGCUUGAGAUUAUUUGUAGCGACUACAUUCGCGCCUACUACCAAAUCUGUCACCUCUCCACAUUCUCCGCGAAAAAGCAUCCAUGUUCAGUCAAUGAGAUGUUAGUGUGGCUUAAUGGCCUUCAGUUUAAUUCUGUAUAUGACAAACUUGGCGGGCACCUUAAGACACUAUUCCCUAAACCUAACGAGAUUAAUGAUGAGCAGCAUGGCAAAUUUGCGGGUGAGCAAUUAAAACUGUUCGCUCAUCCACAAACUAUCAUGUAUGAGUACCUGCUUCCCAGGCUUAAAGAUAUCUGUCGCCACUCUCAACGUGUCCUCGCUACCAUUGUGGGAACUGGCGACGCUAAAACCAUGUAUGCGUGUGAAUAUUCCAACAACAAACUGAAUCUGUAUUAUCCUCAGAGCGCUGAAGCUUGCUUUGAUGUGCUCAUUAGCAUCCUUCGAAAGCUAUUUCCAGUAUUCAGAUUUCUACAAACGCAGUGUCAGCUUAAAAUCGAAUAUUACGGUUGGUCGCAGUGUACAUACGGAAAUACCAUUCAGGCAUCCUGUUGGCAGUGCGGUCCACAUUCUGCUAUUUAUCAAUCAUCCGACCACAAGUGUUCCAGCACAUCGCCGCUGCACUUAUAUUUAACUGACGGUCUGAGAGGCAUGCUACCGCACCAUGUAACCAGUGUGGGAUGCACAUCCAAAUGUAACACUUGCCCCAAAUCCACACCUGGGAUGCCCUGUUUAACGCCACUUGGUUUCACGAGGUUCUCUGGGACCACGCGCAAAGGUGAAGACCUAUGCAAAGCGCUGACCAAAUUCCUAAGUAACGACUAUGUUAAAUGCCUCUUUACCUUGGUCCCCAAACCGCCGAGUACACUGCCCGAACACUUUAAUUUUGCUAUGUCGCUUGUUAGAGGAUGGCAGUUUGGUGGGUCAAAGCAUGAUAAUGAUCUUCAAAAAUCACUCGAAACAUCAAUUGAUGACCUGUCAAUCAGCCUCCUCGAUAAAUCCAGCCAGCUUACUGAUGCUCUUCGUGAUGCGUAUGGUGAGAGCGACAGUGAUCAUAGCACUCGGAGCCAUGUCGCUGCAUAUACAGACCUGUCGAGUUUAUCGCGAAACGAUUAUUGCUCCGAUUCAUAUGUUCACUGCGCUCCUUACCUACACACAUUAUGCUCAGACUCCUAUGCAUACCUUGCUCAUAAAAACGCUAAUCUAUAUCUUUCGUGGGCCAUCUAUCUCCCAUGGAACUUAUGGAAUUUACUCAAACACCUGCUUGACGCGUUUCAGAAUAUUGACUGCAAAGCAUUUGGUUGCUCAGCGUAUUCUACCACACCGGGGCAACACGGCGAUGCCAGGGGGAAAACCUUGGAUGAUAUUGAUGCCCGCCGUAUCUCUCUUGGUCAGCUUGCUGGACAGCUUUCGGGUUUAAUUGGCGGUGGAGAUGUACAAAAAGCAAUUUUAUAUGGUCUGCACAGUAAUGUAACUCAGCUUAUUAAGCGUUUACAAGCGUCUUGCGGAGGUGAGGGGUGUUGUAACUACAAUGUUGAAAAAAAUAAUCUUAAUGAUGCCAAUGAAAGCCUUAAAAAUAAGCUUAAUGAGGCACAAAAAACUCCUGUAAAUCUUGCUGACAUCCUUUCUCAGUGCAAUUUAAAUGAGCUUCAAGAUCCCUUAAAACAGCUUAAGGAUGAAAUUGCUAAAAAAAUUGAUGACCUUAAUAAAAGCAUUGAAGAGCUUAAACAGCUUGAUAAAGAUGGAGAUAAAAGUAAAAAUGCCUCUAAAAUUAAGGAGCUUUCUAAAUCUCUUGACACUCAUAAUGCUUCCAAGAGGUCUCUUGAGACACUGAAAGAGCUUUGUGAUUUUGCUGAUUCACUUAAAACGAAAAAUGGUGGAGAAUGUGAAAAGCUUUUAACAAAUUUGUGUUCAGGUCUCCAAACAUUUUUGGGGUACAAUCCAAAUUCCAAAGGCUACUCGGGUGACGGCAUCGUGUACUCAGACCUUGACAGGCUGUGCGACGGGGUGAUGUCUUUCCUUCAUGGUGUUCUUGAGAGUGUGAAGGAUGAUGAGAGCGUUAAGAAAUAUGAUGGUUACAUUAAAUUAAACAACAAUGAACAUUUACAUACUGUCCUUCAACAUCUCCAAUCUUCAAUUGGCCAGGGACGCAGUGUCUUUGGUGAGCGGGUUGAAGAGGUAAGUGAGUGGCUUAAGAAAUAUUGGAUGCAGGUGAAUGACAAGACUGGAGAGGUGAAGACUAAAUUAGGUAAAUACUACAAGGAAGUCGAGAAGCAAGAAGGGAAGGAGCUGCAAGUGCAGUUGAGGGAGUGGCAAUCCACGAUUGGCAAGAUUCAGUACAAUGUAGACACUAUAGAUAAUCACGUUAGCAACAUAGAUCCUAAUCUUAGAGAUAAAUUACGUAAUGAAAUGAAUGCUAUUGGUGGUGCUGUUAGAACGCUGAAUGAGUGUGCUGAUGAGACGGUGUCUGCUGGCCAGGCAGCACAUGUGGAGGAGCAGUUGAAGAAGCAGAGGAUGAGAAUUGAAAACGCUAUAGAGGCGCAGACCGAAAGGGUAAAGAGCACUGUGACACAUGAAAUAAAUAAAAUUUUUGAGCACCUUGGUAGCUUAGGUGACAAUAAUAGAGCGCACCUCGGGAAAAUUAGAGAAGCCAUUGCAAUGGCGAAAGGAACGGUUGAAAGCGAAUUCGGUGACUAUAGUAACAGUUUUAAAGACAAGGUGAUCGAGUGUUUUAUCGGUAUUAGAAGACAACUUGAUAAUUACAUCAACGAUGCCAACAGCACUACGCUUCAGAAAAGUUUUCAAGCAGUGAAAACCGAGGUCGGCUUGUUAGAAGGCAACGUGCGUAAUGGGUUGCAGGCGUUGAGGGAGAGGAUUAGUGGCCUGGUAGACAAAGUUACCGACCAGGUCGGUGCCUAUGAUAAUAUUGUUGAAGGUUUUAAAGAGAAAAAAUUUGAAAAGAAGGUAGAAGAGUGGGUGGAACAUAUAUUGAAGGAGAAUAAGACGGAUAACCAGGCAAGGAAUUAUUAUAAGAAAUCGCUUGGAGCUGCGACCCUUAUACCUAAAGUCGAGCAGGCAAUUAAGAGUGUUAUUAAAACCAAGCUAAGCGGUGAAAUCGAGGGAGCCGGUCGAAUAGUAAAAUAUGGUAUUGCUAAAGCCGAGAAAUCCAACGAAAUUAUUAAAGAAUAUGUUGACGCCGUGAAAAAGGCGUGCGACAGUUUCGCCGAGAAGCUUCGAGAACAGAUUGAGCAAAACGGAAUUACUGCCUCUAACGUAGCCGACGUGAUUAAACAAGAUUCAUCUGUGCUGGAUUCACAUCUCAACGGACGCCAUGACGCUUCUAGUCUAGCACCUGCCGUCCGUUCAACGCUCCUUCAGCUCCUUGUUGUGGCGACGAAAGCCGGCAACCAUUCGCUUGGUUGGCCGACAAAGUGGACUUGGCAAAAAAGGUGGAUGAUGAAGCUUUAUUACGCGACUAGUCCGGCCGUACGCACCGCCGACCAAAAGGAAAGCCCCGCCCAAACCCUUAACACAUCGAUUUUAGCAAUAAAGCAGAAUGUGGAUCAUCUCGAAAACAUAUUCACUCAGCAAGUUGCAAAAGAUCUUGCCAAAGAAGUUGACAAUUUCAACCACGCCGCUAAGGUAGAAAUAUUGUUAGCGGCAAAAACAGCGAUGACACAUAGUGUUAAUCAGCUUGGCCCGGGUGGUAGCAUAGAGAUUAAGACUAUAAUGCCGCCGUUCGAGGCAGGCAGAGAAGCAUUGGUCAACGCCGUUAAGCAAAUUGAGGAAGAAUUAAAAAAUCUAAAAGAACUCCCCGAAGACGUCGCAACCCAGAAAAGCGGGGCAGAGACGGAAAUGGAGAAGUUGAAACGUGAUCUGUUGGAUAGAAUUGGUCAAGACGCCGAGCAAGGCGAAGAAGGAGAGAAAGAAGAUAGCGAGGAGUCCAAGAAAGUUGCAGAAAUUCAAAAGGCCGUCGACAAAUUACUCUCCCACCUCUCCAAAUCUGACAAACUCUACAACUUCGACUAUGAAUUCCAACUAAAACUCUCCGCACUCACCGACGCAGUCAACGCCCUGUCCGCCGAAAAAUUCGCCGGCCACCAGAAUCCCGAAUUGCUCGACGCCCUGAAGAAAGGGAUGCUUGGCGUUACCGGCGAGUUGAAACACGCGUACGUCAAUAGGUAUGAUAGUCAGAAAUUCACGGAAAACUUAGUCGACGCUAAAUAUGAAUUAACCCCCUCAAAUAAUACCACAAUCAUAACGCUGAGGGAUUAUGGUAGGAAGUGUUCUAAAGUAUGUGCCACAGUCCUUUUUAUAUUGUUCCGAGACAUGAGGAACCUCCGAAAGCGCUGCCCAGAAAAGUGGACGUCUAAUACUAUAUAUUCUAAUACCGGCCUUGGAACAUUCCUCAAGAACUCCGGUUACAGGGUGUCCAAUGAAAAUGAUGGCCACGACGGUGAGUUGAGGAACAAGUCGAAGUUAAAGGGUGAGCAUAUUUAUGAUCUUAUGACGAAGCAACACGGCCAGAGUAGUCAAACGUACAGAAUCGUUGACGACUAUGAUGACUAUGUAGACCAGACGAGUGUACAAAAUUACAGUGUCCUUAAGAGGCUUUACAACAACCUCGAAUGUUACAACGAGGUGUGUCACCAUUACAUCCCGGAAAAACCCAAGUCACCGUCUAACAUCUACCAGAUGCUCCAGUGGUGUAGUGGCUUGCAAUACAAUUACAUGUUUGAGAAAGUUUGUGAUUAUUUGAUGGAACUGUUUGGCAAACCUGACGGGUAUAAAGAUUCGAAGUAUUCGGAUAUACCCAGUGCACUACUGAAAUUAGAUGCUCAUCCGGAGACAAUCACCUAUAGUAGCUUAAUAACAUUGCUUAAGAAAGUAUGCCAAAACGCAAGAAAACCGCUGAUCGCCGUGCUUGGUUACGGCCAUGCUGACGGUGUAUAUGCCGUUGAUCACUUUAAUAACUCGAGUAAUCUAUCGUAUCCCAGUAGCGCUGCUGUAUGUUUUGAUAUGCUCUUAGAUAUAUUGCAAAGACUAUACCAGCAACUUUACUUCGUAUUGACGCAGUGCCUCCGUGGCAAAAGCACCAGCGGCUGGCGUGACUGUCACUACGGCCGGCACGUCGUUACCAACCACCGAGGCAUCCCGUGCAAGACUCCGAUGGGAUUUGGGGAGAUCAGCACAAUGGCGUCACAAACACAGAAAGGUGAACGUCUUAUGAGAGUGCUUCGUGAUUUAUGCGGUGAUUCAGAGAAGCCUCUUAGCAAACUAUGUGGUUACUUAGUGUGCCUUACGCAUCGUGCUCCACAAAACCUUGGUGACAUGUUUGCGUUUUACCAGGGCUUCAUCAUGGAUUACACUGGUGGCUUUUAUGGAAACAAAGAAUCGCCGGUGCAUACGCAAAGAGCACUUAAGGACGCCGUUACCGAAGCCUACUUCGGUCAAGAACAUCCCUUUGAUCCCAGCCCGUUGUAUGGUAGUAUUGGUCACGUAGAUAGCGACAUAAAGGGUGAUUUGUACAGCAUAUCAACCUGCACAUCUGAUUCAGUAAAUUCAUGUGGGCUCUUUGUUCAACCACUAACAUUAAAUAUCUACCGCAUAUUUUCAUCCAAGCAUAAAAGCAAUUACUUGUCGUGGAUCGUCUACUUGACGGAGACGUUUUACGACUUGCUUAAGAAAUUGUUCGACGAGUGCGAUGCUAAAUGCGGUGCGAAGGGAUCCAAUUGCCACAACAAGUGCUGUGUUAAGAAGUGUCCAGUGUCCUCUAAAACAUCAACGCCAUGUAACCAUGAUUCAGAAUGCCGCUCGAUUGUUAAAUGCCAAAACACACUUCCGACACUGUAUAGACAUGGUUUCACAUAUGGCAACGCAGAAAGCCUAAAUGGUGAAUAUGGCGCAGGAAAGAAACGCACAUGUAAGGAUUUCUGCAAGGCGCUGAAAAACGUUCUCAAUGAAGAUAAAAACGUUGAAGCUCCACUUGCCAAAUUAAUAUACGUCACCAUACCAGAUUUCCUCUGGAAAAUAAGGGAACCAUUCUCCCUAACAUUGUUAGCCCUCUGGUCGCUGUCGCUCCUGUACCUGCUGCACAUCGCCGUCGUCCGCCUCGACGUCCUGAGGAUACGCUCGCACCUGAGAUCACCCUCAAGCCACCGCAUCGCCGCGCAGUCACUCCUCGCCGCCGCACGCGUCAGGGCACUCGCCAACGUCAAGUACUUCUCACCAUAA